UAAUUAGCUGCAUUCAGUUUUCAAGUGCAUUUUGGAAUUAUGACCUUUUUCAGUAUUUGUGUGCUUAACAUGUAUCCCUUUCAAUUCAAAAUCCAGUGUUUUUAAAUGUUAUUAAAUUUCAAGAAAUUAAACUGUGAAUCUAAAUGUACAAUUUUAUUUUGAAAAGUCAUGUUGUUAGAAAACUUGAAAGUGCAACAAAUGUCUGAUGCUUGAGUUCAGGUCCGUCCUAUUGGUAACUUAUAAAGUAUGGUCUAAUGAAUUAAAAUUAUUUUUAAAAUAAAGUUCUUUAAAAAGAGUGAGAGGUAUUUGUGAAUUAUACCAAAGUCUAAAUUCAGUAGGGUUAAGCUCAAAGCCUACGAAUUAACAAAUGCUUGUGAAAAUAGAAAGUUUAUUUCCUUUCUUUUAGUAGAUGCAUUUUUGUUAAAGGUGAUGGGAAAGAAAGAUUUUUCAGAGUUGGUAUAAAACUUUAUCAAGGAACAAAAAAAAUUAUGCAGCUUUUUGAAAACAUAGAUAAAAAUAUCUCUUUUUUGUGAGCAUUCAUGAGGUCAAUGGGCAUACAGAUUGUUUCUUGAAUACGUAAAUUGUAUUAUUUCUAGAUGAGUUUUUUUCAGCCCUUUUUGUGUCAAGAUCAAAUAUUGUGUACCAUUCUUUCUUUCAACAAUCCAGAUUUAAGUACUGUAUGAUAUUGAGAGUAGACUCUGUGUUCUUUGUAGGAGUACUUAUUAAGUUACUUUCCUGAACUGCAGUAUCUUUCUCUGCAAAUCCCUGUUGUAUUUAAUAUUAAAAGGGAAUAGAUUAAUUGACUUCCAGUGAGUAUCCUCAGUCACUUCAGGAACCCUGCUGUGUGGUUCUGGUAAGUGGCAUUCUGUAUUACUCUGCAAGAGGAAAGGUGGGUCUCAAUUUUAAUUUUUAUUUUUUUUUAAUCCUGUGUACUGUUGAAAAGAGCCUGUUUGUUUCCAGUAACAGCAAGACAAUACCUGUGGAAUAACUCAAUUGAGGGGUUGGGGGAAGUCGAUACUGGUUCUGGUGGCUAUUUGAAAGAAUUUUUUAAAAAGUAACAAGGCUUAGCUUGAUGUAGUUUCCACAGUAGUGUGUAAUAAGCUUGUUAGUUGUCCCCUUGAACUUAACAGUUUUUGAUCCUAAAAGACACUAGUCAAAAGAGUUUUCCAGCCAUAUUCACGUCCAUGUAAAUCAAGGUGACCAGAAGAACUUUUAAUAUCUUAAGUGUAAGACAGCUUUAUGUGUGUUAGGAGAAGUGAAGUUAGUUCUUCUGGGUUGUUCCGAAAUACGUUCCAGUUUGAUCUGCAAAGUUCUUCCUGCCAGAGUUUCACUAGGGUGAAGUGCAGUAUCACUUUCACAUCACAAUUUUAGGCUGUUUUCAGCACUGAAAGGGUUAGAUUUGCUACGACAUCUCCUUACUUUUCAGCAGUAUGUCUCUCACAGCAGCCUGUGGAUCUUUUGCCUGCAUCAGGGGAUGAAUCUUCUUUCUACUCCUAACAAUUCUUUCAGAUGUAUCCCACAUCUGUCAUUCCUCAUGUUUAUGAAGAGAAUCAAUUUCGAACAAUUUGUGGAGUAAUGCUGCUAAUGGGCACCUGUCUAGCAGGGAACUAUGUGGUACUGAUACUGCUUUAUAGCAUCAAUUCAAGUUUUGCACAACCAACUCAGCAAGUUUUAGAAAAAAGUGAAGUGGCACCCAGCAAACCUGGCAUGAAACUGAAAGACGCGUAUGAGCCUCUCUUAAGCUUCUUCAGGCCAACAACAUGUCGUCGCAAAGGUGGACAAACCUUAAUUCCUUGUCAUGUAGGAGAGGGUCUUAACAGAACUGAAUGCUUGAAAAAUAAAUGUUGUCCUUCCAAAACCAGCCACGAACUGACAUGUUACAUGCCAUUUAAAGACAAUGUGCAACUGACAUUUCGACUGCUUGUGCUUGUGGCAGGAGGAUUUUUUAUAUUGGGGUGUCUACCAUUUUGUUGCAAUACCUUUUUUCAGAGAAGCCAAUGUGUCAAUCCUUUAAGAAGGGCAAAUAAAGAAAUACAGCAAAUAGUGCGGAAGAAAAGAGCACAUAGUGAAGAGGUUUAUGACCCUUUACUGGAUUGACUGAAGAAAGACUCUAAGGACCAUAAGAACAACAAAAACAGAGGAACAUCCACCUGAUCUUGAAGACCUCAAGCAGAAGGACACCAGGAUUACCUGAGUAUGCCCUAGAAAAUGAGAUGUUUUGUUUUAGUAUCAAAGUAAUACAGUGUUGUCAACCCUUGAUAAUGCUAUUGAUUUUGCAGUAGAAGAUCUUAAUUUCCAGUUAUUUAUGUUCGUUCCAUAUUCCUGUAUAAAAAAGCUAGCAACACCAAA